AUGGGGAGUAUGAGAAAAACCGCUCUUCAACCUGACGGACUACGGAAACACUCUGAACCCGAACCAAAACACGGGCUCGUCCGCUUUCCUCAAUACCAACCUCGUCAGCGUGUUCAGGCGACAGUCUGGGCAAGAUAUUACCAAGCCUCUUUAUGUCGUGUUGAACUCUAUGACGGCUACGAACCGCCAACUCCAAAUUGCGUGCUUGAAUAA